UCAGGGGAGAUGCCAACCAUCUCUCCUUUCUACGAACACGGUAUGUUUAUUUCCCUUCUUGAUAUAUAACCAUUGACAAACUCAUGUUUAGAACCGAUGUGGGAUUCAAGCAUAAGCUCUUUUAUCCUAAGUUCUUCUAGGGUUUUUGGGAUAAGGUCCUCAAAAAUUAUCCGAAACGACCAAAACUCAAGAGAUUUCAUCAACUAAACCUCUCUCUCCCCAUGGCUACAACUCUCUCCACAGCUCCAUAUCUCCAUUGCAACAUACCAUACACUUCAGACACAAAGCUAAGAAGAAGAUUCACCAUUUCAUGUGCUUCCUCCAAAUCUCCUCCAAAGCCUCCGCCGCCAGAAUUGGAUGAGCCACCCCAACAAAACCCAUCUCUCUCCGACCAACUCAGGCCUAUCUCCACCACCCUCCUCUCCGACCACCCCACCAAAACCCACCUCAAAUCAAACCCCAAAUCCACUUGGGUCAACCCCACUCGCCCUAAACCCUCUGUUCUCUCCCUCCACCGCCACAAAAGACCUCAUCAGUACUCUCACACCCCUCAAUUCAGAGACCUCAAGCUCUUUGCCCAGAAGCUCAAUGACUCUGACACCACCUCUGGAGCUGCUUUCUUGGCUGUUCUUGAAGAAAUCCCACACCCUCCCAACAGAGAAAAUUCCCUCUUGCUUCUCAACAGCUUGAGGCCAUGGCAGAAGACUCUUCUUUUCUUCAAUUGGGUCAAGACCCAGAACUUGUUUCCUGUAGAAACUAUCUUCUACAAUGUCACAAUGAAGUCUUUGAGGUUUGGUAAGCAGUUUCAACUCUUAGAAGACCUUGCAAAUGAGAUGAUUAACAAUGAGGUUGAGCUUGAUAACAUUACUUAUUCUACUAUAAUCACUUGUGCCAAAAAGUGCAACAUGUUUGACAAGGCUGUGGAGUGGUUCGAGAAGAUGUACAAGACUGGUUUGAUGCCUGAUGAGAUCACAUACUCUGCCAUUUUAGAUGUGUAUGCUAAGUUGGGGAAGGUUGAGGAGGUGAUGAGUUUGUACGAGAGAGGGCGGGCGAACGGGUGGAAACCCGACCCAAUUGCUUUUUCUGUGUUGGGGAAGAUGUUUGGUGAAGUUGGGGAUAUUGAUGGCAUUAACUAUGUGUUGCAAGAAAUGAGGUCAAUUGGGGUGAAGCCUAACUUGGUUGUGUACAACACAUUGUUGGAAGCAAUGGGUAAGGCUAAGAAGCCCGGCUUGGCUAGGAGUUUAUUUGAGGAAAUGGUUGAUUCCGGUGUCACUCCAAAUGAGAAAACACUAACCGCGCUUGUGAAGAUUUAUGGCAAGGCAAGGUGGGCACGAGAUGCUUUGGAGUUAUGGGAGAGAAUGAAGUCGAACGCGUGGCCAAUUGAUUUCUUUUUGUACAACACAUUGUUGAGUAUGUGUGCAGAUCUAGGGUUGGAGGAGGACGCAGAGAGGUUGUUUGAGGAGAUGAAGGGAUUGGAGCAUUGUAGGCCCAAUAGUUGGAGUUACGCUGCGAUGCUCAAUAUCUAUGGCAGUGGUGGGAAUGUGGAUAAGGCAAUGAAGGUGUUCGAUGAAAUGUCUGAGUUGGGUGUUGAGCUGAAUGUAAUGGGAUGUACUUGUUUGAUGCAAUGCUUGGGGAGGGCUAAGAGAAUUGAUGACUUGGUUAGAGUCUUUGAGGCCUCAAUGGAGAGAGGUGUCAAGCCAGAUGAUAGGUUGUGUGGUUGCUUGUUGUCUGUUGUGUCCUACUGCAAGGAGAGUGAAGAUGUAAACAAAGUACUUGCUUGUUUACAGAAAGCAAAUCCGGAAUUGGUUGCCUUCAUCAAAUUGCUCAAGGAAGAGAAAACUGGUUUCGAUACCAUCAAAGAGGAGUUCAAAAGCGUACUUAACAAAACAACAGUUGAUGCACGAAGGCCCUUCUGUAAUUGCUUAAUUGAUAUAUGUCGAAAUUGGAAUCUCCAUGAGAGAGCCCAUGAGCUUCUUUAUGUAGGGACCGUGUAUGGUUUGUACCCAGGAUUACAUACCAAGACAUCAGAGGAAUGGUGCUUGAAUGUUCGGUCACUGUCAGUUGGUGCAGCCCAGACAGCAUUUGAAGAAUGGAUGGGGACUAUAAUGAAAAUCGUUCAGAGCCAUGCGGCAUUACCAGAGUUAUUUUAUGCCAACACUGGUGCAGGAACUCACAAGUUUGCUCAAGGACUGGCUAGCGAGUUUGAAUCACAUGCUGAGAAACUUGGUGCACCGUUUAGGCAGAGUGAAGAGAGAGCUGGGUUUUUUGUGGCAACUAGAGAAGAUAUAGUAUCAUGGGUACAAUCUAGGGUUUAAUCUCUUCUUGUUACCGCGUAAAUCAAGAGUUGAGUGUAUCACAUUUGCAAUUAGGGUUUUGAUUUCUGUGUAACUGCACAGAUUGAUAGACCACGUGUGUAAUUACAGAAGCAACAAAAUUUGAUAAAAA